CGACGUCAUCAGUCACGUGGUAGAGUGUGAUACACGCUUCACCAUACUUUGUCGUGAAAUAUCUGGUCGGUUCCUAGUUUUCACACGGCGGUGUACAUCCCAGGCAGUGUUUCUGUUUAUCGCCUGACUGUUGGUGGACAUGGCUGAACCAGAGGGAUGUUCAUCUAGCAACACAGGCUGGACGUCUACGGCACCGGUCAAACCGCCGAACUCACAACAGGCUCCUCAGCAUGAAUCGCCCCAUUUUCAGGCAUUAAGAGACUGGAACUGGUUUCAGGCUUCGCCGACAAGUUCGUGGAGUCCCAACACCAGGUGUCUGUAUAAUAGCUACGGAGGUCCAGGUUAUGUACAACAUCAGUCUUCUGGAUAUCACCUUGAUGAAUUCAGGAGGCAAGACCAUGGCCAAAACCAGUGGAGAAACAGACAGAAAAAACAGAAAGAACCAGAAUACAGUCAUUUCUGUGAUACUUGUGACAGAGGUUUCAAAAACCAAGACACAUACAAUGAACAUGUUGCCCAGCAUGUAAAGUGUUCUUUUGAUGGUUGCAAAUACACUGCACAUGAAAAGCUUGUCAAAAUCCACUGGAAAAAUUGUCAUACCCCCGGAGCAAAGCGAAUCAAGUUGGACACGCCAGAGGAAAUUGUAAAAUGGAGAGAGGAAAGGAGACGGAACUACCCAACCCAAAGCAAUGUAGAGAAGAAAAUGAAGUUACUGGAGGUUAAAGAAAAGAGAGGAGAUGUGCUGGAAACUUCUCAGUUUAGUUGUUUUAAGAGACGAGGCAGGGUGCGUGGUGGCCACUGUCAUGGAGAAGGUUUCCAGACUCGCAGAGGACAUGCAUAUGAUGGCUAUCACCACUUCCAUCCAGGUACUGAAAAGAUGGAGCUGGCAUCACCUCUGACAUGCCUCCCCCAGGAGGUAGAUCCUCUAGGAGCCCUGGCCUCCAAUGACCCAGAUUCGGAGAAAGAGGAGUCGGUGAAGGAGAUUUCCGUGGCCCCUAAAAAUAUGACCUCCGCUUUAGGAUCACUGAUGUCCAGUUAUGGAGAUGUGACUGAAAGUGAAAGUGACAAAGAACCAGAGGAUGACCGAAUCCUGAAAACCGUUGUGGCUUUAGAAGAGAACAAGGCUUUGCUUGCAGCUCAUCCCAACUUAAACCAGAACAGUGCACCAGAGCUUGUAAGGAAGCCAACAACUGAGGAAUCUGAGAGCAAUCAACAAGUACCGCAAUUUCAAUCAGAGUCACGUGUUGUGAAGAGCGGAUGGAAUUGUCGUGGCAAAAAAAGAGGAAGACAACAUAAUGAACCUUGGACUGGACUACAGAAACGUCGUCCGACUUUACUAGAGAUGUUGCUGGCCCCAGAUAUUCGACAUGAAAGGAAUGUGGUUCUUCAGUGCAUUCGCUAUAUAAUCCAUAAGGACUUCUUUGAUCCAGCUUGUCAAGACUCUGACCUGGUGAGACUAGUUGUUGGUUCAGUAACUGAUGGGUUCUGUGUCAGGAAAUGAUGUUAGUGGAAGUGCCAUAACAACAUAAUUAUCUCUGGAAUGGAACAUUCAGCUGGGACGUGUUGCCUAGUCAGCCAGUCACAGGAAGAGAAUACUUACUUUGACUUACAGGACAUACUGGCAUACAUGACACAGGAAUUAAUCUGUAUUUGAUUAAACCUAUUAACCCAUUUGAAAAUGAAUUACUGUUAUAUUUUCUAACAGUUUACAAUGGCAAUAAGAAGAUAACAAAUUAUAAACCCCUAUCCCUACAUGCAUGCCCGUUGAAGGAUUUGAUUCGAUUGUGAUUGCCUAUUUCAUUAUUUCUUUUUAUUUGUCAUGUCAAUCUCAACAAUUUUUCUGUAGAUUUUGCAUCAUGUUGUGAAUUGUUGCAGUAUGUAUCCAUACUUUAUAAUAUUUAGAUUUUUGUGCAUAAAUUGUAAAAAUAGAAAUAAGCCCUUGAAUGGAUUUAAUGAUAAUUAAUUGCAAAAUUGUGACCAUUACCCACAAACCUUAAAGCAAAACCCACUAGUAAAGGGCGAUGCUGGUGCAAAUAAAACGGGAAUCACCAAAUA